AUGGCGUUAGCGAUAGAACCGAAAAAUGUUGAAAUUUUGUUGAAAAAAUUUCAUGCUCUAUUAUAGCUAGAAAAAUAUUAAAAAGCUAUUUAAGAGUUAGAUAAUAUUUUAAAUAUUGAUAACCAAAAUGAAUUUUGUAUUUUGUAAAAAGGUACCAAGUAAACUAAACAAUUAGGAUUUUGUCUAAAAUUAAAUAAAGAAUAUUAAAUGGCAAUUCGAUGGUUUGAUAAAGCUUUGCAAUUUGAUUCGAAAAAUCUUAAAGUGAUUGAUGAAAAAGGUCAAUGUUUAUUAAAGUUGAAUGAGUUUGAUGAAGCCAUCAAAUGCAUUGAUUUGGCAUUAUCAAUUAAUCCAAAACAUGUUCCAUCCUUGGCAAUAAAAGGUGAUUGCUUAUUAUCUAAGAAUUUGUAUGAAAAUGCUCUUUCCAUAUUAGAAUUAGCAUUGUAAAUAAACCCUUAUGAUGUAUGUACUUUGUCCAUAAAAGGUACUGUUUAAACCAUAUAUAGGGAAAUGCUUAUUAUUGAUGAAUAAGUAUUAAGAGGCUAUUUAGUGCUUUGA